ACACUGCAAAAGGUAAUUGGUAAGAUGGUUUCCGCUACAAUCCAAUGCGUUCUUGGUCUUUUACUACACCAAUCCUUUUUCCAGCUUUCCGUUUUCGGUAACAUCGGGCUGGAAACGGAUUACGGCUACCGGUUUGUAGCGGGUGAAGAUGGCGAGUGUAACUUCAAGGUGCGCACUGCUAGCGAAGCGGAUAUAGAAUUCGCUGCAGACGAUGCGCAAACUAAACCGGUGUUUGGGGUUCUACUAGGAGGUGAAAGAAACACGGUAUCCCAUAUUCGAUCUAGCGCAGGGGUGCGCGUAGAAAAGCCUACGCCAGGCAUUCUUAGUCCGAUGGAAUUCCGCAGCUUCUGGAUACGUUGGAAUGAUCAAACAGUUACAGUUGGUAAGCAGGGCUCUGAAGAGCCGAUCAUGACGUAUGAAGUUGACAAGAUUUCUCCGAAGAAAGUCGUCAGCAUAAAGACGAACCAUUUUAAGCGUGGUUCGUGGACUAUCAACAAAUCGACUAUCCUAUCACCUACGAUUACUAAAACACCUUCAACAACUCAAAACCCCCAAAAAACGACCGUUUCUACACGCAGUACACCUCGACCUGUUACUACACCCAAGCCUCCAGCCAAAUGGGUCAAAACAUACGGAAACCAUGUACCGUCCAAUGCCGUCCGUGGCGGUAAAGUUGAUGACUUGGGCAUACAGUUUAUAGGCCGUGCAUGGCACAAGGACGAUUUGAUCCCGGGAGCCGUUGUGGAAAUCGCUGGCGUUUGCUACGUGGCUUGGGGUGGUAAAUCUACUUAUGUCUCGAAUUAUGAAGUUCUGGUCGACACCAAAGGUAAAUUUGUGCCGACCACCUUUGGAAAUAUACCUCCUAACGCCCUACCAGGAGGUCACACGGCAAAAGGAGAAGUCCUAUACAUCUGUCGGGCGGAUUACAAAGGCAUGAAGCUGUUGGGCAAGGUGCAUAAAUCACAUCAGCGGUGCUUCGUCGGACAUCAUGGUGUGGAGCACAAGUUCUCUAUUUACGAAAUUUAUGUCUAUUAAAAUACGCCAGUAGACUCAACUGAACGAACUGAGCUUAUCAUAAAAAUAAUACAUAUCUGCAAGCAAUCGAAA